AUGUCUACUAGUAUUCCCACCUCAACGUCGAAAAAUUCCGGACUCGCCCAAAGGCGGAAACUAGACGUGGAUUCUGUUAUUGAGGAUGUGGUAGGCCUCGUUGUGGAACGCUUCCCGACGCUUUUCCCGGAUGUCUCAGUCGACUGGGACGCCGCUCAACGUAAAAUACUCAUGGCCAUACAAGACGCUUACCAACAUCCAACCAAAUCUCGCCCGCCGGCGUUCAAGUUCACCGAGGCAUCUGCUGUUAUUGAGCAACUCUUCGAUCGUGAUGGGCAACCACAGCAAAUGCCAAUGCCAGUGUACAUAUAUCCAAGAAGCCAGGACCCCCGGGCUACCACAUCGAAUCCAGCGCCAACCAUGCAUCUCACUGGAGCGUCUGUAACAUUGGCGCAAAUCCUAAUCGAAAGUCGCAUAUUUGAUACUUGCGCGCAGGCGCUCAAAGGCUGCCAGGGGUGUGGCAUUUGGGACAAACUUCGAGGCCAUCUAUAUUUGAAAAACGAAGCAUCUACCCGCACACUCAUCCACCCUAUUCUAACUACGGCUGCUUCCAUCGCUCAAGACAUCAUAUCCAGCCACCCCAACGUUGACCAAGAGCUGCAACAACGGGAACAGUUACGGGGCUGCGCUUCAAAAGUCGGUGCCUUCCCGCGAGAAUUUCUCUCUUGGGUUCUGCUCUCCGACGAGUACGAUAUUCCAACUUAG